AUGGAACCUGCCGUAUUUGGAAGAUGUGUGUUUAAGGACAAAACAGUUUCCAUUCCACUUCAAAGUGACUCAACUUUAAUGUUCUUGUGUUCUAAUAUAUGUUCAAGAUUCAAUGAGCUUGAGGUGGGGGCGUUUGAGAUGUCUUACCUCGUGCCGGAUCAUCCUCCAUGUGUACUAGAGACGGACUUAGAUGUGCGUGUAAUGUAUCUGUCCUUGAUGAAUGAGGAGAAAUAUACAGUUACAAUUACAAUUGCUAUUAAGGAGUUUCUAUUUCCUGAAAAGCAAAACGGUGUUGAUGAUGUGUUUUGUGGUGAUGGUAAUAUGCAUAAUGCUGAGGACGAUUUCAUUGGGAAAUAUGCAGCACCUUCUGGUCAUACAUACUUGUCUCAGGCUUGGAAGAGCUACAUCAAUCAUGUGGGUCAGAAGUUUAUUGGUGGGGUUAUUGAGUUCAGAGAAAAAUUGUGCAAGUAUGCGAUUGAGAAAGGUUUUAAGGUUAGGUACCUUAAAAAUGAAAAAGAGAGAGUGACUGCCCAGUGUUCUAAAAAAGUGUCUGAUGGUUGUAGGUGGCGUGUGCAUGCGUCAUUAUGUCCUGCAAAUGGGUUUUUUUACAUUCGGAGCCUGAACAACGAACACACUUGCAAAGGACGUAUCCGUGAACGUACGAGCAGCAUGAUGUCUUCGAAAAUUGUGUCCUCUGUUUUGGUUGACCAAAUCCAAUCUACACCAUUGAUUAAACCGAUCGAAAUUGUCAAGGAUUUCAAGAAAAACUAUGGGUUGGACAUUUCUUAUCACAAUGCAUGGUACGGGAAGGAAUUAGCAAAGAAAAGGGUCCAUGGUGAUGAGUCAUUGUCAUAUAAACACCUAGCUUGGUACGUGGGAGCGGUGUUGAGCUCAAACCCUGGUUCACGUUGUAUAUUGGAGUGUGACCCAGAGUCAUCCAGAUUCAAAAGGUUUUUCAUUUCCUUCCAUGCUUGCAUAGAAGGAUUUAGAUUUUGCAGGCCAUUAUUAUUCCUUGAUGGGACAUUUAUCAAGAACAAAUAUAAGGGGCACUUGCUUGCUGCUACUGGGAAAAAUGGCAACCAAGGUAUGUAUCCUUUAGCGUUUGCAGUCGUUGAUUCCGAAAAUGAAGAAAAUUGGACCUGGUUCCUCCAAAAUCUUGCAGAAAUUGUCAACCCCCAAGGAAGGACUAUUGCAUUCAUAUCUGAUCGUAACAAAGGGUUGCUUGAAGCACUACCCUUCGUGUUCCCACAUUCACUGCAUGCAUUUUGCUUCCACCAUUUGAAACACAAUGUCCUUGCCAGGUAUCCAUCAUCAUUGGGAAAGACAUAUCGUGAUUGGAUUGUUCAUCUUUUUGGUAAGUGUGCAUAUGCUCCAACGGAGGACGCAUUCGAAAUGCAUAUGAGAACGCUUAAGGAGGAGGGUGGUGCUGUAAUAAGAGAGUUUUUGAAAAACCUUCCAAAAGAAAAUUGGUCAGCUGCUUACUUUCCAGGUAAGAAAUAUGGUGAAAUGUGUUCCAAUGUAGCAGAGUCCUUUAAUGCAUGGAUUGUAGACCAACGUCAUUUGCCCAUUUACCAGUUGAUAGAUGGUAUAAGGAUCAAAAUUAUGGAAAUGAUUGCUCAAAGAAGACGUAUAGCAGAAGAAUGGAACACUUGCCUAUGUCCAGAAAUGGAGACAAGGUUAGAGGAAUUAUUGGAUAAUGGACGCCAUUGGGACGUAGUCGUUCUGUGUUACGACAUACCAAUCCUUCCCAUACCAGAUAUUGAUAGGCAUGCACAAGAGGAUUUGGGGGAAUCUUUUGUGAACCUGCCAUUGACAAAGAAACCACCAGGGAGACCCAAGGUGAAGCGUAUCAAAUCUUUGGGGGAACAAUUUCGGCCAGUAACAUGUAGCAGGUGCAGAAGACUCGGUCGUCACACCAAAAGAACAUGCACUGCCCAAAUUUGA